GUCGCAGCCAGCGAACGCGAUGGUGUCACUUCCUCCACGACCGGAUGUUACGGGGAGAGUGUGUCCGUUAUUUGGUUGAGGGGUCUGGUUGAAGUUCCUCGAAUUUGUAAACUGGGUUUUGAUUUAAUUUGUCUGUUUUCUAGAAAACCUUUCAGGUUUAUUUUUACAGCGGCGUUGGAGGCGUUUGUGUAUUUUACGGCUGAUGUGGUGAGGUGACAGUGGGAGAAAGUUUGAAUUUGCCGCCGAACCUGUUGCCAGCCUCAUGCAGAUCAGCGACAUUGGAGCCCGGCAGCAGGGAAAGAUCUGGCAUCGAAAGCCCAACCCCUCAGCAGCCGACGGAGUCAUAGUAAAUGUUACUCGUAGUGCGGUGGGCUAUCACUCAAGGACCAUUCGAUUUCUUCAUGUUGCAUUUGAUGCUGCAGGGGAAGCUUUUCUUGCUGGUGAUCACCAGGGCAACAUCUAUCUCUUUGACUUAAGCAGGAAUAGCUUUAAACUGGUGCAGCGUACAGGGCAGGCAUGUACAGCAUUGGCUUUCAAUCUCCGAAGGAAGACAGAAUACCUGGUCGCUCUGGCAGAUUACUCCCUAAAAUGUUUUGAUACAGACAGCAAAGAGCUUGUGAGUUGGAUGAGGGGUCAUGAGUCUGCGGUUUCAUCCAUUUCUGUUCAUGGAUCUGGAAGAUAUGCUAUCACUACAUCAUCUGAUACAGCACAACUCUGGGACUUGGACACAUUCCAACGAAAGAGGAAAUUGAAUGUGCACUUGACAGUCGGCAUUCAGAAGGUUUAUUUCCUUCCACUGAGUAAUACAAUCAUCAGUUGCUUUAAGGAUGGUUCUGUCUUUGCCUGGGAAAGUGACACUCUCCGUUGCAAGUACCAAUUACCUGUACCUGAAGAUGAAUCCCGGAUCAAUUAUAAAGCUUUUGCUGUUACUAG